AUGAAGGAAAUCAAAAUCAAGGGUGGAGGGAUAAUUCUAAUCAAAGGUGGAACCAAGCCCCACAAGAUCAACCUUACCCAAGCCAACAAGCCUACUACCACCAAGCUCCUCAAGGUCAAACACAAUACCAACAAUCCUACCAACAACCUUCACAAUCUCAACCUCAAGGGAGGUAUUAACAUCCCCAUAGUAGACCUAACCCUUCUCAAGGGAAGCAUCAAUGCUCUUACCCUUAGGAGCGACACCAAGUUAGAUGAAAUUGGUGUUGUGCCUACAAGCUUGAGUGAGGAAACCCACAAGAAAGAGGUGGGAGAGGAUAUGGGAGUGAUGAAGGAUGAUGAGGAAGAUGUUGAGAAGGAUGAGGAGGAACCACUCAAGUCCAAGGAGCCGAAGAGGAAGAAUCCGAUUGAAGAGCCUAUGCCCAUUCCAUUCCCAACCUUGGCGAAGAAAGCGAAGAAGCAAGAACAACUUGACCCCAACAGGGCCAUUCAACAAGUGCCCAAAUAUGCCAAAUUCCUCAAAGAUGUUUGUACCUACAAGGAGAAAAUUAGUGAACUCAACAAAAGGCCAGUAGAUGAUUCUAUCUCUUCUUUAAUUCCUGAAAAAUGCAACGAUCCUGGACCAUGUUUGGUUACUUGCUUGACUGGUGGGGUAAAGUUCACAGACUGUAUGUGCGAUUUGGGAGCAUGCGUAAGCAUUAUGCCACUCCCCAUUUAUGAGAGAUUGUACUUGUCACCCUUAAAGAGGUCCGGAGCGAGAUUCGUGUUGGCCGAUAAGAGCAUUGUAUCAGUUGUGGGGAUUGCAGAAAAUGUUUUGGUUGACAUCCAAGGUUUACUCAUUCCGGUGGAUUUCCACAUUUUGGAGACUCCUCCCAUAGACUCGGACAAGCCAUCAUCCAUUCUACUUGGAAGGCCAUUCCUAAAGACAUCCCGAUUCAAGCUUGAUGCACAUUCCGGAAUCUAUUCUUUUGAGGCCGAUGGCAAGGUAGCAAGAUUCACAUUGGAAGAGUUAAGGAAACCCAUCCUCGAAGCUUAUUCUAUCUUUGGGUGCAAUAUAGUUGAAGAUGAAGUGAUUGAGGUUGGCAAGGAACAACAAGAAGAGAAGGUUGCCAAGAAGUUUGAUUCAAGAGAUGGCACUCAACCCAAGAAUACCAAGGAGUUGGAGAUAUUCCUCCUUGGAGAAGUUUCAAGUGACCAAUGA